AUGCCAUCAAGAAUGAUUUCAUCCGCUUCACAGAAAUAUCCAAAAGCGAAAAAACACACACAGCACUAUAUCGAUGAAUUUUCUCUGGAUUUUCCUCUUGAUGAUUCUCAAAUCGAAGCUUUCGAAAAGGCUCUUAACGCCGAUCCAGAUGAUUCAACAGAACACAUAGCUGCAAUGACGGAUUUCAUGCCAAUUAGACAAAUGAUUAAAAAGAAAAAACAAAAAGUCCCUAGCGGAUUUGAAGGAAUUUCCUAUCAUGUCGUGAGAUUUCCUAUGAUGCUCAUUAUUUUUAUAAUAAUUGCAUUUGAACUUUUACUUUACUUUUUGGUACGUCAAAUUGUGAAUCUGUGGGAAUACUUUGUUCAAUGGCGUGGCGAAAAAUAUCAUCUCAGAGAGAGACUUCGACGAACCACCACGUAUGAAGGAUGGGUAGCCGCCGCAAAUGAACUCGACAAACAUUUCGGCUACAAUGAAUGGAAAGAUGAGAUUCCAUUUGGAUAUUAUGACUUCAACCUUUUACAAAAG